GAAGGAAAAUUUGAAAAUGUAGACAAGGGGUGAGUGGAAAGAAAUUUAACGAUGAAGGCACUUGUUUAGCCCACGCCAUCACGGUUUGAGAGGCCAUGUCCAAUCGCUUCUCUUCCCAGGACGAUCUUACUGCUGCCUCGCCUCCAUACAAGCCUCAGGCGAGCACCUCCAAUCUCGAGUCGACCCUCUUCGUCUCCAACGACGUCUACUCGUACCCACCAAGUCCUGCUUAUCGCUCCCAGGUAAAUAUGGCAGAGGACAUCGAAUCCGCCCCAAGACAUCCGAAGGAAAAGCCCUCGGUGCAUUACCCAGAGCAUGUCCAGGCUCCAACGACCAUGUACAAGCAGAGCGAUGUGCCCCGUCCUAUAUCGCUUGCGCCAACCCUCACCGACGACGAUUAUGACGACGAUAAUUAUGAUUGGAGUGGAGAGGAGGAUCUUGUUGAUGAGGAAGCCAGGUUGGAGGAGCAGAUGGGUCUCAGGCGGAAAGAUAAGCGCUGGACGUUUAAGCGUGUCUUUACUCUUCUCUUUUCGUCUCUCAUUGGAUCCACCUUCCUGGCUGGUGUCAUUGUCACCCCCGGCAUUCUCAUUCACUACUUCUGGUAUCAGAACAAUCCUUCUCAACACCGUCUCUACAUAAAACAAAACGUACAAGCAUGGCUCUUCUGGGCUGCUGCAAAUCUCGUCAUUUCAUGGUAUCUCGCGCUCGCUGUCGAUAUCAUUCCGACCAUCUUUCGCUUCAUGGUCAUCGCAGCGUGGGGUCACGUCUCCGAGCGCAUAAAAUCCCGGAUAGAGCUCUACUGCUCCGUCAAGAACACUUUCAAGCCUGUACUCUAUGUCGCCAGUGGCUGGGCCAGCUGGGUUAUCAUCUUUGACCACAUCUUCAAUCUCUACGACACAGCGGAUGCUACACAAAGUCGUGCUCAUUACACCGAAAGGCUUUACCAAGUUGUCGAAUUCCUCUUCUUCUUUGGUGUAGUUUUAUGCGCACAGAAGAUGUUGUCGCAUGCCAUCGCAUUUGCCUUCCAUCGCACCGCUUUUAAGGAUCGUGUCGAUGCCAUAACAGAAGCUCUUCCAGUCAUAGAGAAGCUUCGGGAAUAUAAACCCAAACCACCGUCCCGCACUGGUUUCCGAACUGGCUUCCGUACACCAUUGUUUGGUCAACUUGGUGAAAAAGACCGUUUCAGCUGGGGAGGACCACUCAAUGAUGACGGAGUCGAUGGCGAUACCGAAGGAGAUGGUGAUCGCACCGUCGUCGGGACAACCAGCAGGAAAGGAACUAUGAUGAGUAGCAAGGGCAAGCAACGAAAGCAUUCUUCCUGGUUCAGCAGGUCCCGGAAUAACACGGAUGUAGUGAAUCGGGUUCAAUCUCCAUCCCUCGAAAGGGUCCAUGAGAUGGGUGCUAUAGGUUCUCCCGCGGACUCACGUCCUAUGACGCCUUCCGGUCUACAUCGGUAUCCUCCUGUGACAGGUACUCCAAGCCCGCGACACAGCACUGAUGGAGCAGAUAUGAACGCUGGAGAAACCAUUGCGCAGGCCGCCAAGGCACUGAAGAACGCAGUCUUGCAUGAUGCGCGGAAUAUCAAGGGUGAUGAUUCCACGUCAAGUGGAGGUCUUCUAUCUACCGGUGGAGUCGGCAGCGUGGAUGAGGCCAAGCAUCUUGCACGGAGUAUUUAUACGCGGUUUAGGCCGCAUCAUGUCUCGAGGACGUACUUGUUGCCCGAGGAUUUCUAUCCUGCGUUUUCCACGCGCGAACAAGCGGAGAAGGCGUUCCGGCUAUUCGACAAGGAUAACAACGGAGAUAUCUCAAGAGGAGAGAUCAAGUCGACCUUGGUGAAGGUUUACAAGGAGCGACGGUUCCUUGCCCGAUCUAUGCGGGAUGUCGGCGCUGCACUGAAAACCCUCGAUCAUAUCCUAUUGUUUUUCGCCAUGGUGGUCCUGUUUUUCAUAAGUUUGAGUGUCUUUGGCGUCAACGUUGGUGACAGUCUGACCAGUGUGUAUACGCUUGGUAUUGCCGCAAGCUUCAUCUUCAAGACUUCGGCAAGCAAUGCAUUCGAUGCGAUCAUGUUCCUUUUCGUUACUCAUCCCUAUGACACCGGAGACCGCUGUUUCAUUGAUGAUGAAAUUUUGGUUGUUAAGAAGAUAAAUCUUUUUGCUACUGUGUUUACCCGCGUUGAUGGUACAGAAACAUAUUACUUCAACAGUCAGCUCUUCUCGAAAUUCAUCACGAAUGUACGACGGAGCGAUAAAAUGUUUGAGAAUCUUACGAUGCAAGUGGCUUGGCGUACGCCUCUAGAGGCGCUUGAUGAGCUAGAAGAAUGCUUGAAUGCAUGGUUAUCGACAGAAGAGCACCGAUGGUAUGACCCGAGUACUUCAAUCGUCUUGCAAAACAUCGAGUACCAGCGGUAUCUGGAAAUCACUAUUGGUAUCGGUCACAACGGUACAUGGCAAGACUGGGGUCUCCGAUGUGCACGUAAAACGGCUUUCCACGCCGCUGUCCAGUACUAUUGCCGGCAGCUUGGUAUCGUAGGAUACGAGGCGCCACUGCCUAUCGUAUAUGGCGACCCCAACACCCAAACGUACAACCCACCACCUUCGCCUGGGGUUGACAGCCAUUAUGAUGGUGCAGAUAUCGGUACAUCGACAGACAAGCUUCCUGAGACGGUGCACGUCCAAAGCUCAUCACCGGUGCCGAAACGGAUGAAUCCGACUCUUGGGUUUAUACCACCUGUGGCGACGAGAACGGGUGUGAAUAUCCGCCAGAGGAAGAGUAAGAGCCGGAAGGCUAAUAUGAGGGGUAUGGGAGAUGGCUAAUGAUUUUUCUAUGGUGGUGAAAUGUGGUCUUGCUUUUAUAUCUGAUGGACUUUGCACUGCUGAACUCCUGAUUGAUUCUCCCGAGGAGUAGCCAGACUUUCUUUGGUGAACUGGAUUCAUAUAGGCU